AGCCUAUCCUCUCUAAACAGUAAAAAAAGCAAUGGUCCUGGCAGAGAGUCCUGCUUUCGGAGGGAGACUUUUACACUGCACAAACGCUAGGGAAACCCUCUCUGCUGAAAUGAACCAGAGCCCUCGGGCACUCGCCGUGGAUUAAACGGAAACUUUUACGAUGGCUGUGAACGUGAAAAAGUAGCACGAGAGACAGAGCACGCUAACCGCCGCCGCCAACGGACCUUCUACUGCAAAGCAACUCCUAGUCCUAGUAGAUGCACGGCCACUGCUGAAAAAUAUGCUCCAACCGAGCCGCCUCAACCCCGGCUUCAGUGGCAAAUUACCAGUGUUAUAACCAGUUUCGUGAGACAUUCGCCGGCAUCUAUUUGUUUUUGUUUUUUUCCCCGCUCCUUACCUAUAAAGUCCGCAGUACAAGUCCCCGACCCACCUGCGAAAGAGAAUUAUGGCAGGGAAGCUGACAGUAGCGCAAGGCACAGGAAUACUGCUGGUGACAGCCAACGUUGGAUCUCUCUUCGAGGAUCCUGACAAUCUACAGAAAACAUGGCUGAGGGAGUUUUACCAGACCGUACAGACACACAAGCCUCACUUCUUGGCAGUGCACUGCCAGGAGGUGGGUGGGAAGAAUUAUGAGGCCUCCAUGUCACACGUGGAUAGUUUUGUCAAAGAGCUGCUGUCCAGUGAUGCCAUGAGGGAGUACAACAGAGCCCGCGUCUACCUCGAUGAGAACUACAAAUCCCAGGAGCAUUUCACAGCUCUCGGAAGUUUCUACUUUAUCCACGACUCUUUGAAAAACGUCCACCAGUUUGAUUUCAAAGCCAAGAAAUUCAAGAAGGUUGUAGGGAAGGAAACCUACUCAGAGACACUAGAAAGCACACCCUCGCUGGAGAAGGAGAAGUUUCCACAGGACUACUUUCCUGAGUGCAAGUGGUCCAGAAAGGGAUUCAUCAGAACUCGAUGGGCCCUGGCUGACUGCGCAUUUGAUCUGGUCAACAUCCACCUUUUCCAUGAUGCCUCCAACUUGGUAGCCUGGGAGAAAAGCCCCUCCGUCUACUCUGGGACCAGGCAGAAGGCGCUGGGCUACGUCUUAGACAGGAUCACGGACCAGCGGCAUGAGAAGUUGCCAUAUUUUGUCUUUGGGGACUUUAACUUCAGGUUGGACUCGAAGCAGGUCAUUGAGAGUCUCUGCUCCACUGCCACCCUGCAGACAGUCAGAGCCGCCGACACCAAUGAAGUCGACAAGCUAAUAUUCCGAGAAAGUGACAACGACCGAAAGGUUGUUCUUCAACUUGAAAAGAAGCUUUUUAAUUAUGUCAACCAGGACGUUUUCCGGGAAAACAAUGGGACCUCACUUUUAGAGUAUGACAAAGAGCUGUCGGUGUUCAAGGAUCGGCUGCAUGAACUGGAGAUCUCCUUCCCACCCAGUUAUCCGUACAGUGAAGACAGCAGUCAGGGGAAGCAGUACAUGAACACCAGAUGCCCUGCCUGGUGUGACCGAAUCCUCUUGUCUCCCUCUGCCAGAGACCUGGCCUUAAAGCCUGAAAAUGAAGAGAAGUCUAUAGUCUAUGAUAACAUCGGGCCCAAUGUCUGCAUGGGGGACCACAAGCCCGUCUUCCUGUCCUUCCGAAUAACAGCGGGGGCAGGUAAACCUAAUGCAAAUAAGCACAAGUGUUGUGUGGUGCAGUGAUGUCGUGGGAAGUGUUGCCAAAGGGGGGAGAAGAUAUUCCGUGAAGCGCCUCUGUGAGAACACUGGAGAAACAAACCGGACACCAACACACACGCACACGCGCAUGCACACAACACACACCUUUGCAUGCAAACAAACACAAAUACACACACACUUUGCACAAGCGUACACUGAAGAACCUAGCCAAAGUUUUUCAGCAGUGCUGAGCGGUUGCGGUUGUCGUGACACCAACAUCCAUAUGAAAACCCAGCCGUUUUCUCUCCAUAAAACACUUGUUGAGAUGUGGACGAGCACCCGAGGGCCCCGGCUCCAGACAAGACACACAUCGCUGACCUCACUGUUGCCAUGCAACCCCAUUCCCCAGAGAAGAAAGAAAAAGAAAGAAAAAAAAAAAGAACGGACGGACGGACGACUCUUCUCCAUGCCACAGCCUCGUUGCCAAAACUCUAAUUGAAAUCAGUCCUACUACAUACUUUUAGACACCGUACUUGCCAUUUUUAGGUAUGCCUCUAUGUAUAGAAGCUACUUUCCACACAGUAUGUAAGGUGUUUUAGGAAAAGAAAAGUGCAAUGCAAAAAAAAAAAAAAAAAAAAGUUGUAUAUCUAUAUUGUUAGGUUUAUUUGUACAUUGGACAGUAUAACAUAGAGUUGUUCAUGGUUUUUAGUGCCGUUCUCUUUUCUGACCAAACUUUGUGGUCCCUUCGUUGGAAUAGGUAGAAACUUUUUUCCGUUUAUUUUAACAAUUUAUAUAUAAAUAUAUACAAAUUUUUUUUUGUUUUUUGAGUUGUUGUGUGCACAACACACUGCUAUGCCUGACACAUCCGUUGAGUCUCAUUUUAUAUACUGUUCUUUUUAAAGAGAUAAUUUAUAAUUCUUACCAAAAUGUUUAUGCUGAAAGUGUGAGCGGACAGAGUGACUGGGAGUUCCUGCAGCCACAGUAUAACCUUUGAGUAGUCAGUGGGAGAGGAGGAAACAGAAAAAACUGUUGAGUGAUGUAUUGCCUAUCCAAGAUUGUUUAAGCAGUGCCAUAGACCAUGCAAGUAUAUAAGAUAAUGUUUCAUAUAUAUAUAGCACUCUCACAUUAUUAUUCUUACUCUAACUUAUUUCUAUAAUAUUAUGGUUCUGAAUGUGAUAUUUUUUAGAUAGGCUUGGGUAUCCUUAAAAUGUAAACUUUUUUUUUUCUGUGUCAAUUUUUGUUACUGCAUUACAGUGCCAAGUAUCCUACACAGAAAUAAAGUGUGUAAGAGUUAUAAAAUACUUAAGUCAGAUGGUAAAGGUAUUGAUUGUGUAAUGUAAUGUAAAAAAAAAAUAAAAAAUAGGGAGAAACUCUAAACGUGGAGAAAGAGCAGGAAGACUUUUCAUUUGUUUUGUGUGUAGCCUUCAUUGCAAAUAAUUUGAGCAUUAAAGAGGCGAUAAGAGCGGUUCUUUUUUUUUGAUCGAUUUCGUUUACUAGGCCUACACUACAGAUUUCAGACUGUGUGAAGCCGUCACAUUGAUCCUUACGUGAAUUCUUUUUUUCUUCUUUUUUUUUUUUAUCUAAAUCACAAUCGCAAAUGGAAAUGAUUUUGUGCCUGCUGCAGAAUUUAUGUUGUCUUGUGUGAUUUGGGUUUGUAGGCAAAACGUUGUUUUCUUGUUGUUGUUGUUGUUGU